AUGGCAGCUCACUAUAGUAUCGCCGUGCGCGUCCUCCGCACGGCGAAACGCCUGCAUAUACCGACCGUCGCCAUCUACACUCGCACGGACGCGACCUCGCCCCAUGUCCUGCUUGCCGACGAGGCGGUCGCGCUGCGUCCGGACGACCCGGACCCUGUCUCCAAUUCGCGAGGGUACUUGGACGCGGAGGCGAUCGUAGAGAUAUGCAAGGAGCGCAGCGUAACGCUGGUGCAUCCUGGGUACGGAUUUCUCUCUGAGAACACUCACUUCGCAAGCUUGCUUCAGGAUGCGGGUAUGACAUUCCUUGGUCCUCGGCCGGAGACGAUCCAGGCCAUGGGCCUCAAACAUGAGGCGAAGGCUUUGGCAAUCGAGGUGAAUGUGCCUUUGGUACCCGGGUCUGACGGACUUCUGGAGACCGAGGACGAAGCGGUGGAGGUUGCUUACAAGAUCGGCUAUCCUGUUAUGCUCAAGUCAACAGCUGGUGGUGGAGGCAUGGGUUUGGCGAUUUGCCGCACUGCAGACGAGCUGCGAAUGAGGUUUCAUUCGACGCAAGAACGCGCAACUUCAUUGUUCAAGCAUGGGGGUGUGUUCCUGGAAAGGUACUACCCCCACGCACGGCACAUCGAAAUCCAGGUCUUCGGUAAUGGACUUGGUCACGCAAUUCACCUGGGUGAACGAGAGUGUAGUGUGCAACGUAGACACCAGAAGGUCAUCGAGGAAACUCCGAGUCCGUUCAUGACGAGACACCCUGAUGUCUUCGAGAGAAUGAGCGCCGCUGCGUUGCGUCUCUGUCAGCGUAUCAAGUAUGCUUCGGCCGGCACUGUUGAGUUUCUGGUGGACGAUGAUUCACAGGAGUUUUUCUUCCUAGAGAUGAACACCCGCCUUCAGGUCGAGCAUCCCAUUACAGAAGCGACGAACUUCGGACUUGACAUCGUCGAGCUCAUGAUCCGGCAAGGCAUCGCGGAAAGGGAGACACGCGACGGCGGUCUCUUCCCGGACAAGCUCGACCAAGACCGUUUCCUGUACUGCGAGAACCCGGCAGCGCAGUUCAAGCCUAGUCCGGGGGUGUUGCAGCACGUCGAGCUGGUGCAGGCCGAAUGGCUACGUGUAGAAAGCUGGGUUGAGACUGGGACGACGAUCACACCAUACUUUGACCCGCUAGUUUGCAAGCUCGUCGUCACCGCACCGACGCGCGAGGAGGCCAUCGCACGAAUGGUGCAAGCUCUCUCAGAGAGCAAGGUGCAUGGGCCACCGAAUAACAUGGCCUACCUCAAGGCCAUAUGCGAGUCAGACGUGUUCAAAGCAGGGAACGCCGUGACGACUUUCCUCGACACGUUUGCCUUCACACCUCAGGCUGUGGACGUACUGAGCGGAGGUCUCGAGACAUCCGUGCAGGACUACCCCGGCCGCCGGAUCGGCAUGGGCAUCCCCCGCGGCGGACCGAUGGACCCCCUCGCCUUCCGCGCCGCGAACAUGCUCGUGAAGAACGACCCUGGGACGGAAGCACUCGAGAUUACGCUCGUAGGAUGCCGUCUGCUCUUCCAUGUCGCAGCAGUCAUCGCCGUCACGGACGUCGGGAUGUGGCGGAGCGUCGUGGUCCCGGCUGGCGCGAAGGUCGCUGUUGGGACGGUCAAGGACACGGGAUUCAGGGCAUACCUCGCUGUGAGGGGUGGCUUCCCGGAGAUUCCUGAGUAUCUUGGCUCCAAGUCGACGUCGAGUGGAUUGGGUGGCUACCAGGGACGUGCAUUGCAUGCAGGCGACACGAUCGCCCUCGGGGCCUGCUCACCGCUCCAAGACGAGCGGACCGUUGAAGUCCCACCGACGCUGAUCCCCGUCUACCCCGUGGAUUGGGUCGUCUACUGCCUCGCAGGACCGCACUCUGACGAGGAGUUCGUCACUACGGAAGGGAUUCAGGAGUUCUUCGACACCCGCUGGAAAUGGGCGAGAGAGACGGGCGGUGAAGGCGGCUCGCACCCGUCGAAUGUGCUUGACAAUGGGUAUGCCUUCGGGACGAUCAACGUCAACGGAGACACUCCUGUGAUAUUGACGAAUGACGGGCCUGAUAUGGGCGGAUACAUGUGUUUCUGUACUGUCGCGACUGAGGAACUGUGGAAGAUUGGACAACUACGCCCUGGGUCUACCAUCCAGUUCCGUCGUAUCUCCGCACAGCAAGCAACGGAACUUGCAGUUGUGCGCAAGCGAUACUUUGCUGAGAUCGAGAGCGUUGUCUCUUCGAAGGACACUACCUUAGAUGUGCCCCCUCCUGCGAUGUUCGCCCUAACAUUCACAGACUUGUCUCAGGAUCCAAAGAUCCACGUCAUCGAGCCUGCUGCCGGCAGCGUGCGUCCGAGAGUCGUGAUUCGGCAGGCAGGCGACUCCGCGAUACUGGUCGAAUACGGAGACAUGAAGGAGAUACGACAACGAGAAGUGAAUGGAGUAUGGUCGCUAGCCCCUUGCAUUCGAUCGACGAUGGUGCGCUACGAUCCGUCCACAAUAUCGCAAGCCGACCUCUUGGUCGUCCUUAUCGAGGCUGAGUCGUCACUGCCGGACACUUUGGAGGACAUGGUCUUCCCGGCGCGGAGGAUCACCUUCCCCAUUGUCUUGAACGACCGCUGGAGCAGGGAAGCUCUUGAGCGAUACAUGCGCACGACUCGGGCAGAGGCAGCGUAUCUGCCGAGCAAUAUCGAGUACCUAGCGAGGAAUAACGGAUUGGACGGUGGUGCGGAAGAGGCAUUGCGACUGCUGAUUAAGUCAGAAUAUCUUGUCUUUGCAGUCGGGUUCUACAUGGCAUGCCCCUUCCUCGUCCCGAUCGAUCCGCGAUGCAGGCUCGUUGGUCAGAAGAUGAAUCCUUCACGGACAUACACUCCACGUGGUUCUGUCGGCAUCGCUGGCCUGGUUGCUGCGAUAUACCCCAUCGAAUCCCCAGGUGGAUACCAACUGUACGGGCGUACGCUGCCCCCUUGGCAGACGUGGGGCAAAGGGAGGAACUUCGGACCCGACCAGCCAUGGCUUCUACAGCCAUUCGAUCAACUUGUUUUCGAGCCCGUAGCUGAGGAGCAAUAUGUUGAGGCAGAGACACAAUUCGACGCUGGCCGUUAUGUCUUCAAGAUCGAGGAGCGUAACUUCUCGAUGGGAGAGUAUAACGAAUUCGUGUCGGGCAUUGCGAACGAUGUAAAGAUAUUCAAGGAGAAGCAAGCCCAAGGGGUUAAGAUCGAAGAAACAAGGGAACGCGGGCUCUUCAGCAAAUGGCUUGUACAAAAGCAGCAAGAAGCCCCGAAAGAGACGGAGAUGGGAGACGACACUGUUGGAGUUCAUGGGGCAGCGACAGUCGUUUCUUCCCUGACGGCUUCCAUUUGGAAGAUCAAAUGCAAGCCGGGGGACGUGGUCAAGUCUGGCGAAGAUGUGCUUAUUAUCCUCGAAGCUAUGAAAACUGAGGUCAAUGUCGAGGCUGGCGAGGAGAACAUCGGGCGCACAGUGGCCGGAUUCGGGAAGGGCGUGAAGGAGGGCACGGCCGUAGGGUCCGGCGAUGUGCUCGUAGUAUUCAAAUGAUCUCAGAACUAUCUUUGUGCACACGCUAAGUUACAGGCUUUGCGCUGGUCUCGUAGCCAACUCGUACCACCUCGUACCACCCACGACCGCUCCGACUCCGAGCAUCCUGAGGCUGAGGCUGAGGCGUGUGAAAGAGCAGGUGAGCUGGAGGGCCCGUCCGAA